AUGGCGGCAAACGCCCUGCCUGUAGAGCUGAUCGAGCUCAUCUUUGCCCAUGUUUCUUCGACUGGCGACACGAAGACCCUUAGGCUCUUCUGGCGCGACGAUGUGAUGAGGCUCGAGAACUGGUCUCGACACGACAGGCUCCGCCGCCACCUCCGGUCCUGGACUGUUAACUUGGCGCGCCUCAAUGAACAUCCCGGCCGCCACGCGAGCUUCUUCCAGUACUGGUUCAUGGACCCCGAGGACAGGGAGUCGCUGGUGUUGAGACAUGGCUGGGCGGAGUUCUACGACGCGGAAGCGAGGAGGAAGGCGAUAGCACGUCUCGCCGAAGAGGAAGAGGGUGAUGUAAAGCGGUUGGUCAAUGCGGCGGCGAGAUUGAAGCACUUGAGCACUGCCCAUAUGAGGCGUUUGCGGACCCCGUCAGUGAGGUGGUCCGAGCCGUGUGAGGCGAGUACAAUGCUUGGGAUGCUGGCGAUGGUGUUGAUGAAUUUUGGCUGCUUGAAGAGGUUUGAAGUUGACCGCUUGCCUAUGAAAAUGACGCCGUCUGUUACGACGGAGACGGCCUGGGGUGAAUUUGCAAGAAGCGUAGGGGAACGGCUGGAGGAAGCAAAGCUCGGCCUGGACUAUUCGGGGUCGGCUGGAGAAGAGACGGCCAGAGAGACAAUGGAGAACGUCUCUGGUAGCUGGACUCAGCUUGUGGAAGUGCUGUUGGCGAGCUGCCGACGUGUCAAAUCAUUGGAGGUGAAGCAGCACUUCUAUCGCCCGCUCGGAGACCGUUCGCGCAAGACGGGACGGUUGAACCAAGUGCUGUUGAGGUGCACUACGUGGAGGCUAACGGACCUGAAGCUGGAGGGUUUCGCUACCACGCAAGAGGAACUGUCCGGGUUUCUGAGGGGCCAGCUCACAACGUUGAAACGGCUGAGGCUGGGCGGACGGGGAGUCGCCAACGUGAGGGACAAGUCCAGGGGGGGGAUAUGGCUCGAGAUGGGGACAUGGUUCGGAUUCUUUACGGGGUUAAGGGGCAGGUUGAGAGCGGACAAGGCUGGCUGUGUGCUGGAGAAGAUCCAUCUCGAGGGGGGCUUUCGGCAGGUUGACAGAGUCGAGGUCGAUGGCGAGGAGAGGGGGCUGGUCGAGAACUAUGAUUUUUAUCCAAUAACCGACGACAACUGGGCGCUUUUGGAGACGCCUGCGUGGGUGAGGGCGGGCUUCUCUACGAUUUAUCUGGACAGAAGUGCGUUCGUAAGGUACGCUCUUGGGGACGAGGAUGUUAGCUAUCCCGGAUUUACAGGGGGAUUACUCGGCGAGGUUUGA